GACGUGUACAUAGUUGGGAAAGACGUGUCGAAAUCACGUGGUACAUAUUAGCCAAUAGCCCAUAGCCAGCAAGCCGGGUUUCGACCAAUCAAAAAGGGCCACGACCGGCCAUCCAAGUAAAAAGCAACGUGAGUGCGCUACAGCUGACAUUGAAUAGGAAUUGCAGUUGUUGAUGAGUUGCUGAUUUAACCUAGUGUUUUACCCAAGCCAGAGUACAUAUUUUAGUAAUCGGAGCAUUUUAAACCCACGGAUAUAUAUAUAUACUACAAGUUACAGGAUUUACAGGUAAAAAUGAAGAGAUUUGCAGUAGGAUUGCUGUUUUUGGCAUUCUUUAUGUUUGCCAUAUUUACUCAAAUAGGAGCCGAUGAGGAAGAAGCUGAUGAGGAAGAUGCAGAAGAUAGCAAAAAAAUUGGAACUGUUAUCGGUAUCGACUUGGGCACCACAUAUUCUUGUGUUGGUGUUUACAAGAAUGGCAGGGUAGAGAUCAUUGCCAAUGACCAAGGUAAUCGAAUUACUCCAUCAUAUGUGGCCUUCACAUCAGAGGGGGAGCGUCUCAUUGGUGAUGCUGCUAAAAAUCAGCUGACUUCAAAUCCAGAAAAUACAGUGUUUGACGCCAAGAGGUUGAUUGGACGUAACUGGGCAGAUUCAUCUGUGCAACAUGAUGUUAAGUUCUUCCCCUUCAAGGUGAAGAAUAAGAACAGCAAGCCACAUGUUGAAGUUUCAAUUGGUGAAGAAAAAAAAUUAUUUGCUGCUGAAGAGAUUAGUGCUAUGGUCCUUGGUAAAAUGAAAGAAACUGCUGAGGCUUAUCUUGGUAAAUCUAUCAAGAAUGCUGUAGUGACUGUACCUGCAUACUUCAAUGAUGCUCAACGUCAAGCUACCAAAGAUGCUGGUGUUAUUGCUGGUCUCAAUGUCAUGAGAAUAAUCAAUGAACCAACUGCUGCCGCUAUUGCCUAUGGUCUUGACAAAAAGGAAGGAGAAAAGAACAUCUUGGUAUUUGACUUGGGUGGUGGUACUUUUGAUGUAUCUCUCCUGACAAUUGAUAAUGGAGUCUUUGAAGUUAUUGCAACCAGUGGUGAUACCCAUCUUGGUGGCGAGGACUUUGACCAGCGUGUUAUGGAACAUUUCAUCAAACUUUACAAGAAGAAAAAGGGCAAGGAUGUCAGGAAGGAUAACCGUGCUGUUCAGAAACUACGUCGUGAAGUUGAGAAAGCCAAGCGUGCUUUGAGUUCUGGUCAUCAAGCAAGAGUGGAGAUUGAAUCUUUCUUUGAUGGUGAAGACUUCUCAGAAACACUGACCAGAGCUAAAUUUGAAGAAUUGAACAUGGAUUUGUUCCGAUCCACCAUGAAACCAGUACAGAAAGUAAUUGAUGACUCAGACCUUCAGAAGCACGAAAUCCAUGAGAUCGUUCUUGUUGGUGGCUCAACUCGUAUUCCUAAAGUACAACAGUUGGUGAAGGACCUAUUCAAUGGCAAAGAACCAUCGCGUGGUAUUAACCCAGAUGAAGCUGUGGCUUAUGGUGCUGCUGUACAAGGUGGUGUGCUUGGUGGAGAGGAUGAAGCAAGUGACUUGGUGCUUUUGGAUGUUAAUCCGUUGACUAUGGGAAUUGAAACUGUUGGUGGUGUAAUGACCAAACUUAUCUCUAGGAACACUGUCAUUCCAACCAAAAAGUCACAGAUCUUUUCCACAGCUGCUGAUAACCAGCCAACAGUCACUAUCCAAGUUUUUGAGGGAGAACGUCCAAUGACAAAAGACAACCAUCUGUUGGGUAAAUUCGAUUUGAAUGGCAUCCCACCUGCUCCACGAGGUGUACCACAGAUUGAGGUCACUUUCGAAAUUGAUGUCAACGGUAUCUUGAGAGUAUCCGCGGAGGACAAAGGCACUGGUAACAAAGAAAAGAUUACUAUCACAAAUGACCAGAACAGACUUACACCAGAAGACAUUGAGAAAAUGAUCCAGGAUGCAGAAUUAUUUGCAGAUGAGGAUAAGAAACUGAAAGAACGAGUGGAAGCAAGAAAUGAACUUGAAGGCUACGCAUAUUCUUUGAAAAACCAAAUAGCCGAUGAGGAAAAAUUAGGUGGCAAGUUAACAGAAGAAGAAAAAGAUACUAUUUCCAAAGCUUGUGAGGAACAAAUAGAGUGGCUUGAGGAAAAUCAAGACGCAGAUACAGAAGACUUUAAAGAACAUAGAAGUGUCCUCGAGGAAAUUAUUAAACCAAUUGUUUCCAAACUUUAUGAAGGUGCUGGUGGUGCUCCACCACCGGAGGAGGGUGCCCCAGAUGAAGAUGACUGGGACAGAGAUGAACUUUAAUAGAGCAAUUUUUUUUAAAAAAAAUAUAUGUUCCUCUUUCAGUUUUGUCAAUUUGGAUGAGAAAAAACAUUCCAUAUUUGAUGAAACUAAAACUGGAUGAAAAGCAUGCCUGACAACAUUUGUCAUUGUACAAAGGUUUACAUAUUAGUGUUUUGAAAUGAAUGGUUUCAGGCAUGCAUGGAGAGUUAGGACUAAGUUCAUUUUAUUACUACCAAAUUGUUUUGGGGGUCUUCUCAAAAAAUUGGUUAACUUUAUUUUUAGUCACAUCCUUAACUCACUACCUGCUUGUUCAUGCAACCAUUAUAUUGUUUUUUUUUGAGAUGAUCCCUCAUUUUAAGUUAAACUUCUUUAUUGUCAUCCUACCACCUUGUAGUUUUCCGUUCAAAAUUAAGUUUUAUUUUUCGCAUUUUUGAAUCUUACUGCCAAAAAUGUGUAGUUGCCAUGUCUCUCCUAUAACCUCUCCUUGCAUAGUUUGACCCAAAUGUGAAGAGCAAUGUUUGCCUGGAUCUGAAGACCUUGCAUAAUGCAUUGCUUAUGUGUUGGGGGGGGGGGGGGGUUAAGAAUCGCUACUUCCAUAAGACUGUCACAAUUAAUGCAAUACUAUUUAUUCAAAAUUGAUGGAAAUAUUGCUAUAAUUUUUGCUUUCUUCAUAUAGUUGCCAUAAAAUCCAUUCAAAGUGGGCCCUCAUCGUACUUUUCAUUUCUAUUUUGUUUUCAAACAAGAGUAUUUGUAAUUAAGUGUAUUCUGGAAAUAUUAAAAUGAUUUUCCAAA